AUGUCAUUUGAUAAAUAUCAAGAUGUUGAAAAAUCUAUACCAUUAAAUGAUGAUAUAGAUCAAAUAACACAUCGUUCAAUUCCAAUAGAUGAUUAUAAUAGUUCUUCAUCACCAAAAGAAAAAUAUGAAGCUGAUGAUAUAGAUCAUGGUCAUGUUAAAGAAACUCAAGUUAAAAGAGCUUUAAAACCUCGUCAUGUUUCAAUGAUUGCCCUUGGUGGUACUAUUGGCACUGGGUUAUACGUUGGGAUUGGUACUCCUUUAUCAUAUGCCGGUCCUGUUAAUGCUCUUAUUGCUUAUCUUUUCAUGGGUAGUAUUGUUUAUCUUGUUACUCAAUCAUUAGGUGAAAUGGCUACAUUUAUCCCAGUUACUUCUGCAUUCACUGUUUUUAAUGCAAGAUUUUUAUCACCAGCUUUAGGUGUUGCAAAUGGUUAUAUGUAUUGGUUUAAUUGGGCAACUACUUAUGCAGUGGAAAUUUCAGUUAUUGGACAAGUUAUUGAAUAUUGGACUGAUGCAGUUCCAUUAGGUGCUUGGAUUGCAAUUUCUUGGUUUAUAACAACAGUGGCAAAUUUCUUCCCUGUUAAAGUUUAUGGUGAAGUUGAAUUUUGGGUUGCAUUUUUAAAAGUUGUUGCAAUUGUUGGAUUUAUCCUUUAUGCAUUCAUUAUGGUUUGUGGUGCUGGUGAUAUGGGUCCUGUUGGUUUCAGAUAUUGGAGAAAUCCAGGUCCUUGGGGUCCAGGUAUCUUGGUUGAUAAUGUUUCCACUGGUAGAUUCUUAGGUUGGAUUUCUUCUUUAAUUAAUGCUGCUUUUACUUAUCAAGGUACAGAAUUAGUUGCAAUUUCUGCAGGUGAAUCUAAAAAUCCAAGAAGAACUGUGCCAAAAGCUAUCAAUAAAGUUUUUUUCAGAAUUUUAUUCUUUUAUAUCCUUUCAUUAUUCUUUGUUGGUUUAUUAGUUCCAUAUAAUGAACCACGUUUAAGUUCUGAUGAAUCAGUCAUUGCUUCAUCACCAUUCAUCAUUGCCAUUGAAAAUUCAGGUACACCAGUUUUAAACCAUUUAUUUAAUGCAGUUAUCGUUAUUACUGUUCUUUCAGCUGCUAAUUCAAAUGUUUAUGUUGGUUCACGUAUUCUUUAUGGUUUAGGUAUCGCAGGUAAAGCACCAAAACAAUUCACAUAUGUUACAAAACAAGGUGUUCCAUAUCUUGGUGUUAUUUGUACUUCAGUUAUGGGAUUCUUAGCAUUUAUGGUUUUAUCAGAUAAUGCAAAUGUUGGAUUCAAUUGGUUAAUUAAUAUCUCUACAAUUGCAGGAUUAUUUGCAUGGUUCUUUAUUUCAUUAUGUCAUAUUAGAUUUAUGCAAUGUUUAAGAAGUCGUGGUAUUUCAAGAGAUGAUUUACCUUUCAAAGCUCAUUUCAUGCCAUGGGGUGCUUAUUAUGCAUCAAUUUGUAUUGGUAUUAUUAUAUUAAUUCAAGGUUAUGAUUCUUUUUUCAAUUUCACUGCAACUAAAUUCUUUACAGCUUAUGUUUCAGUUAUUUUAAUGUUUGUUCUUUGGAUUGUUUGUCAAUUGAUUUAUAGAGGUCCAUUAUUUUUACCUUUAGAUCAAAUUGAUAUUGAUACUGAUAGAAGAGAAAUUGAUGCUAUUGUUUGGGAAGAUGAAUUACCAAAAAAUAUUUGGGAAAAAUUUUGGUUAGCUGUUGCUUAA